AAAAGAGCAAAAAAUUGUACCAAGUUCAUAUUCAAGUACUCAGCUUACUUUACUUCACUUCACUUCACUUCACUGUCUAUUUUCUUGAUUCUUGAUUUUUUUCACAUGGAGAAUUUUUCUCAGUACUCUGUUUCAUCACCCAUGUCUGAGAGUAGCAGUUCUCGGCGGGCGAAUUUUUCUGAUGAGGAGGUGUUGUUGGCUUCGAGCUACCCGAAGAAGCGAGCGGGAAGGAAGAAAUUUCGGGAGACUAGGCAUCCGGUGUACCGGGGUGUGAGGAGGAGGAAUACUGGGAAGUGGGUGUGCGAGGUGAGGGAGCCGAAUAAGAAGUCGAGAAUUUGGUUGGGGACUUUUCCGACUGCGGAUAUGGCGGCGAGGGCGCACGAUGUGGCGGCGUUGGCGUUGAGGGGAAAAUCGGCGUGCCUUAAUUUCGCGGACUCGGCAUGGCGGUUGCCGGUGCCGGCGUCCAGUGACGCAAAGGAUAUUCAAAAGACUGCAGCGGAAGCGGCGGAGGCUUUCCGGCCUGAAGGGAACUCGGGAGAUGAGAUGAAGCCGGUGGAGAGUGCGGAGGUGGGAUCAAGUGGAGUGACGGAAGAUGUGUUUUACAUGGAUGAGGAGGCGGUUUUUGGGAUGCCGGGGCUGAUGACGGACAUGGCGAUCGGGAUGAUGCUGCCACCGCCUCACUGCUUAGACAGAGGAGAUGACUUCGAAUUAGAUAACGCUGAUGUGUCAUUGUGGAGCUAUUCAGUUUAAUUUCUUAGGUUAUUCUUUUCUUUUUUUUUCUAGGCUGGAAUUUUCAGAUUCCUUAUAUAUAAGAAUUAUUAGUAGUGUGACUCUCAGAUAUAAGAAAGAACAGAGUUGAUUUUCAAUUCUAUAGAGAGUAUAGAAGGUAUAGUUCAAGAUUUUUUCUUGAUCCGUACUAAAUAUUUUUAACUAGUAUGGAUGCUAUUUUGGAUGUAGGAAAGAUUAAAUUGUAUAAAACAAUAAAGUUUGCAAGCCAAG